AUGGCCUUUGAAAAUUGCCCCAUCACUGACCGUCUAACCCAUUUGAUCGUCGUUUGUUGUCACGCAAUCUAUAUUGGUGGUCCAACGCACGGGCUUGAGGAGAAUGAAUGGUUAAUUGAGCCGUUCCAGCGAGAAGAGACACCAACUUUCAUUAACCAUGCCAAGGCUGGACUACGAGCCCUUGCAAAUGAUCCCCAUGGACUACUUGUCUUCUCAGGUGGUCCAACCAAAAGGCCUCGAACCGAUCUUAGCGAAGGGCAAUCAUACCUGAACCUAGUUCGGGACAACAACUACUUCCAGCACGAGCCGGAUCUAUCUACAAUCGAUCCAUCAAGAGUCGUUGCAGAAUCUCAUGCAACGGACUCCUAUCAAAACGUAUUGUUCUCGAUACUACGCUUUCGAUUUCACACGGGCGUAUACCCUAACCGAGUCACUGUCGUGACCCACGAGUUCAAACGCGCCCGUUUUGUGGAAUGUCACUUUCCUGCUAUGGGCUUACUACAUCGCUUUGCCAGCGAGGAAGUUGUCCAUGACCCAAGAGUAUCUGUAAUUGGUAUCGAUCCGCCUGAAGAGGUUACUCCCAUUGAAUCUCUGAUCCGGGGCGAAUCGCUUCGGGGAAUCGGAUUAUGGCGACGUGAUUUGUACGGCGUCGGCCAAGACUUGGCUGGCAAACGCAUCAUCCGAGGGUGGAAAACAGAAAUUAUUCACGAACUCUGUCUCGACGGGAUGUCCGAGCCCGUCGUGGAGCAAUUGGUUGCGUGGGAUGGAGGAGGAGGAAACGAAUGGUUUCCGAACAUAGAAAGAUUGCCCUGGUACUAUGGACAUCCGCCAUCAUGA